AUGGAUGUCUCGGAUAUUAGCCAUCGAUUCGCGUCUAAAGCGGAUAUGCGAGCGGACUGCACCGAAUACUAUCCCAUGCGAUUCGAAAAGAUCUUCGACCAUCAGCAGUACCAUGAUGACAACGACGACCGUAAUAAAACUAGUUGGGAAAGAGCAAUCCGUACCACGAUACAGGGAAUGUCUAAAAAAGACAUUGAACACGAAAUCCACCGCCUAGACCAAACGACUCUGGAUGUCUCCAGCAAGAAGAAGACCCUGGGUGCAGCGUUACUCUACCAGUUGGACAAGACAAUGAUCGAGCUCGGUCACAAUGAUGGCGACCCAAACUAUCUUUGGACCCUUGUCCAGUUCGAUCACCAGCUCAGGCCAGUCGAUUUCUGCACCGCUAUGAAGCGUGACAGGGUCCCACUUGGGCAGAUCAAACCCAAGCCUAAAGCUCACAAGUCUGGCGGUAAGAGGUCUUCGUCCACAUCAGCUGCCAAAAAGAAAUACUGGGAACGGGUGUCCUUGACAGCCUAUUUCAAAAGAGCACCACGGCCGAAUGUCGAUGUCGGCAUUCUGUGGGACAACAAGAGAAGAGGAGCAAUGGCGAUAGCUCAGGGUGGUGGGCUGCCGAAAAAUACGGCUGGGGGUCACCCAGGUGACAAGCAGCCGGGGCCGCCUCCUAAAGGAGAUCUUGCUAAUGGGCCUGGACCAGGUGCUGUGGGCCGUCCAGGUCCCGGAGGACCACCAAAGGUCGGGCCGUCGAGUGGUGUCAAAGUUGUGAACGGGAAGAAUUCAAAACCCUACCGUGAAGACCGUCAUUUCGGGGGUUCGGAGACAUCUAUGAGUUCUGACGACGAAUCCUUCUUCUCCGGGCCCAGCACCACGAGUGCCGCCGUUCUAGCAGCCGGCGUCGUAGUCGGAGUCGUACUCGCGGAACUGGGCGAUAUCAUGGUCAGCAGUCGCCAAGGCGUUACCACACAAGACAUGAAGGCCACUACAUCCUCGGUGCUGGUGCUCAUCUGCCGCAUGUUCCUGCUCCUCCGCCGUCGCCACCUGCUCUCCAAACCUACUCCGCCUCUACUUCUCCAAACCGCGUCGGCAAGCGACGUUGAGAGGAUAACGGACGCUGCGUACAGGGCUGGAGUGAUCGAUGAGAGGGUUGCAGUGCACCAGUUGGCCGAUGACUUGGCCGUCGAGGCAAGACCGAGAACUGUGCCACGUAUCGUUCAACAGCCACGGCACACGGUCCGCACGGUCGAUGCCAUUCCUGUUCGGCGGCAUGCAAUAAGGGAUAGGAGAUAUGAUGAUGAACUCACCUACUUUGAUGAGUUAUCUAUGGAUGACCCGGAGUCUGAUCUCGAAUGGCGAGGACGCCGGUAUGAGGUGCCUCGCCGGCGGGAGUAUACGUUUGAGGAUGAGGAUCAUUUGGGCAGGCCGCUCGGGCCCAGACGCAGGGUGACAGAGGUUGUUCAUGGGCGGGAGGAGGUGCCGUAUAUGAUGGAAUUCGAGCAUGAGGCGACUGCCAAUCCUUUUGCACCGAGGCUCGGCAGGAGAAGGUCGUAUGAACGUCGUCCUUGA